AGGGCAAGGUGCAUAUAUGUCCCAAUUUGUUUUGCUCUUUUCUAGUAGCACAAAAAGGAGCAUGUUGUAUGACUAGAAGACAGAAGAACUAUCCUCCAGAUUAGGUUCCUAUUGCAGCUUCCCAUAGUACUCAUUUUUUUUUUUCAAGCAUUUUAUUGGUUGCAAUUUUUUUCUUUAGAGCAAAACUGUGUAGGGGCUAGCAAGUGAGGGUAAUUCUGAAGUGCUUACCACAUUACCAUGCUUGUAAAUACGACUGUUAACUUUUUAUUCCCAAUUCUGGGUUGUGCUGUUAUUUUUGCAAUCUUAUUUUAACUCAGUGGUACUCAAAUAGGGUUGAUACUGCUCCUACCCCGGGAACAUCUGGCAAUGCCUGGAGACAUUUUUGGUUGUCCUAUAUCUGGAAGGCUGCCACUGGCAUUUAGUAAGUAGAGGCUAGGGAUGCUGUUAAAUAUCCUGUAGUGCCCACCUCCCUAGCCCCUUAGCAAAAAAUGUUCUGACCCUAAAUCUUAAUAGUACCAAGGUUCAAAAACCCUGCCAACUUGAUAGCUAGCUAAUGACAAGGUGUUAAAAGUGCAGAGUAGAAUGCUCAUCCAGAUUUGUGGAGAGCACUGAUUUUUUUUCAAAUCACCUUUACCAGGCAAUAGACAGACAAGAAUAUUAAUCUAAAACUGAUAAAUUUAGACCAUUUUUGUGUAGCCCAACCUGAACAUAAGUUUAAGUACAGGGUUUUUUUUUUUUCAGGCAUGUCUAAGGUAUACUGCUAGUUGACCAAACCAGGGGGAGACUAAUGGGAAAUACGUAAGAAAAAAAUGAGUAUGGACAUAACAAUACCCUCUCAACCACAUCCCCUCCAGCCCUCAAAACAAAACUGAUAAGCAAACAUGGAGAAAUAAUGUUUGCUACCAUGUCUUAUUGAAUUAAGGCUCAUAUAUCUAAACCUGUUUGAAUCUUUGAAAAACCCAAGACCCCAUUCCUCAAACUGUUUUUCCCAAAUGACCUGCAAAUCCAUCAUUGGAGAUCUGUUCCUUUGGCAUUAACACUUUCCGGAUGUUUCUAAAAUGCAGAUACAGUCUGUCUUCGGUAUCCACGGGUUCCCCAUCUGCGGAUACGAGGGGCAGACUGGGCUACGCCAUUUUCCAUGAGGAGCUUGAGCCUCCGCGGAUGCUGAUAUCUGCUGGGGAUGCUGGAAUCAAUCCCCUCUGCAUACCCAGGGAGGAGUGUACCUCUGAAAGGAAGUGUGAAUUAAAUUUCAAACUACAACUUCAAGCAGAAGAGAGAGGGGUCGUGUCUAUCAAAGGAGUGUGUGCAAACCGUUACCUUGCUAUGAAGGAAGAUGGAAGAUUACUGGCUUCUAAAUGUGUUACAGACGAGUGUUUCUUUUUUGAACGAUUGGAAUCUAAUAACUACAAUACUUACCGGUCAAGGAAAUACUCCAGUUGGUAUGUGGCACUGAAACGAACUGGGCAGUACAAACUUGGACCCAAAACAGGACCUGGGCAGAAAGCUAUACUUUUUCUUCCAAUGUCUGCUAAGAGCUGAUCUUAAUGGCAGCAUCUGAUCAUUUCACAUGAAAGAAGAGGUAUAUUUUAGAAAUUUGUUAAUGAAAGAAGAAAAAUGUGUACAGCUACCUGCUCAGUUUGGAUAACUGGCCAGAUAACCUUUUAUCUAAUAGUAAAAUAUUUAAUCAUUGCCUUAGUUAAAAAAAAUUCCUGGAAAAUAUAUAGAUUUCCAUUUUUUAUAUAGCAUUUGCCUUUAUCCAGUGAAGCUUACUUAGAGCUACAAUCUUUCUGAUAACGUUUGCUUCAUUUGAAAAGAGGCUUUUAAAAUGUGCACACACAAGUUUUCUUCAUGGAAAUCAUAGACAUUAGAAAAUUAAAGUGAGAUAUUUAAUCCAAAUGUCCACUACUUAUAAAUAUGAAUUUAACACAUUCCUGUCACAGUUUUGUAAUUGUCUGGCAGUUCCUUGUGAUAGAGUUUAUAGAACAAGCCUGUGUAAACUGCUGGAAGUUCUUCCAUGGUCAGAUCUAUCUUGUCAAACCCUUCUCUGUACCCGUACAGCAGCAGCCUAGCAACUCUGCUGGUGAUGGGAGUUGUGUUUUCAGUCUUGACCAGGUCACUGAGAUCCAUCCACUCACACCUUAAGCAUUCUUGCUGGCAAAAAUUUAUGGUGAAUGAAUAUGGCUGUAAGCGGCAGAUGAAAUACAUGUCUGACUUCCCAAAAGCUCCGGGAUUGGUGUGUUGUUGCCGAAUACUUAGGAGGGACCUGAAUUCUGAUUUUAUACCAGUCUCUUCAAAAACUUCUCGAACUGCUGUAUCUCCUAAAGAAAAAAAAGAAAAAGGUAGGGUCACAUUUUCAGAAAUUUAAUCAUCCAAGAUUUUCAGAUAGAUUAUUAAAGGUUCAAAAGCAAAACUUUACCCCAGGAAAGUAGUUUUUGAUACAACUCUGUCUUCUGGACAUCAUGAGAUACCAAAGUAUUUUCUUAGAUGUACAGUGCUAAGAAGCUUCUGAAGUCAGAGGAGAUUCCUUUAUAACCAUUUGGUCAUGCUCUUCUGCUUAUCCUGUCAGUGGAGUCCCACCAUGGUAACUUUUGGCAUUUUGUGUUUUGAGAUUCCAAAGAACUUGGAUUCUUUCCUCCAGUACUCAAAAUGCCACAGUCCUUUAUCUCAUCAAAAGUUUUUAAAAACCUGCAAUUUAUAGAAUUUUAUAAUACAAGGGUCUUCACAUUUUACAGGGUUGAUUUUUUAAAUAAUAUGCAAAUUUCUGGGGCAGUAUUUUUACUGCCAUUAACAUAUUUUUGUAGUGCUUUUUUUAAAUAUUCAGAUGAACCUCCUCCAUGGGACUUCUCUAACUCUGUGAUGCUUUGUCACUGUCUCCCAGAGUGUUUAUGAGAAGUCCUUAAAAAAGCCUUCCUUGCCUGUUUGUUGGGAAGUUUCACUAUUGCCACAUGCAUAAUUAAUUUUUGUUCAAAUACCCUUUAAUGCCUCCAUUUUCUUGUCUGUCAAAUUGCAAAUUAUAUUUGCCUUUUGAGUAGUCCUGCUGGUAAAUAGGCCUGCUGGUAAAUAGGCAAGGAAGAUAAAGUGAGGGGAAAAUGUCUCAAUUCCUGUGUGCUCUGAAAUAGACUAUCUUACCAAUUCCCUGGAUAUGCUCUUGUUUACACCCAUCAAGAAACAGCUCUGGAAAUAUACACAGGAAGAGUAAAGAGUUUAAAAAUGCAGACAAAUGUCUUUUUUUAAACUAUGUGCUGACUCCCCUUAUAACUGAGAUUUGCUAUAGAUUAAACAUGGUUAGAAAUUACAUUUUUAAACUAUAAACAUAAAUGUUAAGAAAAAAAUUGCCUUAAUAGGAAAAAAUUAUUUUCAGUGGUAUACAUGUUUGUUAAAGAUUGAAAAAUUGUUUGAAUGUUUUAUUCUUUAACAGCUUUGAAAAGUUGACCAUGGCUUAGUACCACUAAUCAAGCGUUUGGCAUUUAGUUCCUGAGUCUAGUCUGUGUGUUAUGGAAGCACAGGAUGGGGCUAGUGAGCCAAUCUGUCCUGCUCAGCAGUGACCACAGCAGCUGAUUCAAAAUCAGCACUGCCUGGGUAGUUUGAUCAGUUUAAUUUGAAUCAUGGUAUCACUGACUAGACUAACAAGUGAAUAGGCAAAGUAAUGCUUUUGUAUCUAGAGGAACCCUUUCCAUCUCAAGAUUGAAAUCUCUUCUCCAAGGAUUUUACCAUGAAUUUAAACUUAUUACCUAGUUACAGUGCUCUAUUCUCUUGUACCAUUAUUUUUUUAAUGUACUGUAAGCUAAACUGAAAUAACAUUUACUAUUUCAUAGGUUUGAAAAACGUAAGAAAAACCAAGAGUUUUGUUUUUAUUUUUGGUGGUUGAAAGAUGUUUAAAUACAUCAUAGUGUGUUUAAAUGGAGUUUAUAUUUGUUAUUUCUAUUUUGUAAUAUUUAAUAGGAUUAGGUUGAAAUAAAAUAUAAUAGGAAAAAACUGUGCAGAAUGUGGGUUUUCCUGGUGUUUCCCUCUGAAUCUGGUACACUGAUCAUCUUUGAUCAGACCUCACUGCUUUAUAGCCCUUUUGCUAUGCAGGAUUCUCUUCCUGUCAGGAAGGCAGCUACUCCAUUUUUAACUUUGUAACUUUGUACUCUUAGGGUAUAUUAUAUUAAAGCCUGAGGAUUGCAUUCUAUUGGUAUAUGCCCUCUUAAUUAAUGUUUUUUUUAAACACUAUGGACAAUAGUGUUUCAUUUAUGUGUUAUCAAAGAAUGAAGGAUUCCAAACAAAUGUGCUUCUCAGUUAACCAGUGUUUACUACUUAAGAGCCAAUAGGAAUGUUUGCACAUUUGUGAUGGCAGUAUUCCUGAAGUAUAUUACCCGCUUUCCUAAAAACAGGUUUUAAGGAAAAUAAAUAAUUCUUAUUCUUAAUGAUGAUUAAUGAUGAAGCCAAAUCAUCCAUUACUGUACUAUGUUACAAAACAGAAAUGCCUUCAUCUAGACAGUCUUUCAGACAGACAUCUGCUGUCAGUUAUCACUUCUAGCUACUUUCAGGGUUUUAUCAGUUCUAAGGCAAGGCUUCAAUUUUUACUACUUCUAGGCAGUAUGGUGAAUGCCAGUUGCUGCUUUUUUUCUUAAUUCUACAUGGUUGAGGCGUUUGUAUGCGCUCCCUGAAUAUAUCUGUUGUUGUGACAACUACAAAUACUUUUUAAAAAAGUAGUGAAUUCUUAAUUAUAUGGACUUGAAGAGUUCUGGAAUACACUCACCUAUAAUUAUACAUAUUUGGCUUGGAAAUGUGUUUCUUCAUUUAAAUUUAAAUAUAUCUGAAAUUCAGAAGAUCCAUAAAACUUAAAUGAAAAAAGUAAAUCCAUUUGAGAAGACUCAAGACAAAGCUAUACGGAGCUCUGUAGGCUGCUGUCUGCCCAAUAUGGACUGAGUAAGGAAGGAAACCAUAACUAGUUCACACGAUCUCAUAUCACAUCAGGACAGUGUGAAAUAAUUAGAUGUUCUAGAAUGAAUGGCCUUCUCUUUCAGCACUGCAUCACUACAAAAUCCUCUUUUAUUUCAAAAGAAGACCUAGCAGAAUCUAAGCAAAAGGCAAGUACCUAAAAACCACAAUUUGCUAGAUGUAUCUGAAUGUAGGAGAUUUACCUGUAGGUUGUUAGGAAUUGGCUCUAUACAGUGUACAGGGCAUUUUAAUCCGUGGAACAUUAAAAAAAGUCAAGUAUGUAUAUACUUAAAAUAAUUUAGGAAAUUGCCUUCAAGUAAAUGAUGGCUAAAGAGAAUAGGAGACAUCAGUAUUAUUUCUCUGAAUGAUUUAUUAUGAUGGGACUGCAUUUGACCCAAUGGUUUAAGGAAUAGGUAGGAAAGAAGUUUCUGUUCUUUCCCCUAUUUCCUGUAAAAUCAGUGACAAUUAUUAAUUUCAUAUUUCUGUCUUAAAUAUUGAGCUCAGGAAGUUGUUUUAGGACGUUACCUCUCAUUUGAGACUUUCUUAUGAGACAUUUUACUGUUUUACUAUGUUUACUAUGCUUCCUGACUAUCCAAAAUAAAUAGAUAAAAGUUUCAUAAAGGGAAGAUUUAUGUCACCACUGCUCUAUCACUGAUUUUAUAAAUAAUACUUAUUUCACAGUUCAAAAUGUUACUAUUCAUCUUCAUGUGAUAAAGUGGCCAAAAAUUUGUUUUCUCAGUUUGAUUCCAACAAUUUUAGUCAUAUUCAAAAUAACCCUUAAUGCUACACUUGACUGAAGUAUAUCCGGAGCUUCUCAUUUUGAAACUAAUCUAGAAGCAGUUCUAAGCAGAAAAAUAGGUGUAAUGCUCCUAAUGGUAUUAUUUAUACUAAUGGAAUAAGAUCAUUACAAGUUUUGCUGCUAAUUUUAUAUCAGCCUUGAAAUAACUUCACCGAAAUUUUCUUGAUCUGAAACAAUUAGAAAAGUUAAAAUACUUUUUUUAGCUCCAAAAAAGUAUAUAUGAAUUUCCUCAACAUUUUCAAGCCAAUUAAAGAUAGGUAAGAUACAUACCGAUAUCUUCUCCAGGCUCUGACAGGCCUCCUGGAAAUUUCCACAUAUUUUUCAACUGCAGUAUAAAAUCAGAAAGGUUAACAUAGCUUUUAUUCACCAAUACACACACAAGGCGAUGCCACAAAAUCUACCCAUAAUUGGUUAAGGUGGUUGAGAAUUUAUUUUUUGGUAAUUGUAUGCAAAUUUUUUGCAGCUUUCUUUCUUACUCCUCCCUUUCUUUCUUUUUUGGGGAAACUAGUGACUUGUGAAAUCUUUUCCCACCUUUUUCUUCAGGAAGUAGAAGUGGUUUGGUUUGGUUAAUGUGAUAAAUUCUGUAUGAGUGAAACAGUGGAGGGAAACAUCUACUGAAUUUGUGUAGUUUAAAAAGUUUUGCUGCUAGUUUAUUAAAAAAUAGAGAAAUCCUACUGAUGCUGCUAUAAAUAAGUAGACAAUACAGUAUAAAUUUAAUCACUAAAGUAUGCUAUUUUAAAUUUUCACAUUUAUUUUCUGUAUUGUGUCUAAUCAGAUAUAUUAAUCUUAAGAUUUCUUUUGUUCUGUGUUAAUGACUAUGUAAAAAUGUAACUGCUUUUCAUGGGAAGUGUGAAUAAAAUUGGUUAAAUUUG